AUGUCUUCACUUUCUUCACAACCAGCGUACACGUUGGUUUUUGAUCCUUCUCCGAGUAUGGAGACCUAUUCAAGCACAGAUUUCCAGAAAGCUCUUGAAAAGGGAUCUGACGAACAAAAAAUUGAUACUAUGAAGUCAAUUUUAGUGGCUAUGUUGGAGGGGAACCCAAUGCCUGAACUGUUGAUGCAUAUCAUCAGAUUUGUCAUGCCUUCCAAAAACAAAGAACUAAAGAAGCUUUUGUAUUUCUACUGGGAAAUUGUUCCCAAACUAGCAGAAGACGGGAAAUUGAGACAUGAAAUGAUUCUUGUCUGCAAUGCCAUUCAGCAUGAUUUGCAACAUCCUAAUGAGUAUAUUAGAGGUAACACUUUAAGAUUUUUGACCAAAUUGAGGGAGGCCGAGUUGUUAGAACAGAUGGUUCCUUCUGUUUUGGCGUGUUUGGAAUAUCGCCAUGCAUACGUUCGUAAAUACGCCAUUUUAGCGGUUUUUUCCAUUUACAAAGUCAGUGAGCAUUUACUUCCGGAUGCCAAAGAAAUUAUCAAUUCGUUCAUAGUGGCUGAAACUGACCCAAUAUGUAAAAGAAAUGCAUUCAUUGGACUAGCUGAAUUAGAUCGCGAAAACGCCUUACACUAUUUGGAAAACAAUAUCGCUGAUAUAGAGAAUCUAGAUCCUUUAUUGCAAGCUGUUUUCGUUCAGUUUGUUAGACAAGAUGCGAACAGAACCCCCGCAUUGAAAGCUCAAUAUAUCGAACUAUUAAUGGAACUGCUCACCACCACAACAUCUAACGAAGUGAUCUUUGAGACUGCGCUAGCUUUGACUAUCUUGUCUGCUAAUCCAACUGUAUUAGUUCCUGCUGUUAAUAAGCUAAUUGACUUAGCUGUCAAGGUUUCUGACAAUAACAUUAAGCUAAUUGUUCUAGACCGUAUCCAAGACAUCAACGCCAAGAAUGCAGGCGCUUUGGAAGAUUUGACUUUAGAUAUUCUGAGAGUGUUGAACGCUGAAGAUUUAGACGUUCGCUCAAAGGCGCUUGAUAUCUCUAUGGAUUUGGCUACAUCCAGAAACGCUGAAGAUGUCGUUCAGCUCUUGAAAAAGGAAUUGCAAACAACCGUAAAUAACCCAGAUCAAGACAAGGCAAUGCAAUAUAGACAAUUAUUGAUUAAGACAAUUCGUACUGUGGCAGUAAGCUUUGUAGAAAUGGCAGCCGGUGUAGUAUCUCUACUAUUGGAUUUCAUCGGUGAUCUGAAUUCAGUUGCCGCCAGCGGUGUUAUCACUUUUGUUAAAGAAGUCAUCGAGAAAUACCCACAACUAAGAUCCAAUAUCCUCGAAAAUAUGGUCCAGUCCCUAGACAACGUCAAAUCUGCUAAGGCAUACCGUGGUGCAUUAUGGAUUAUGGGUGAAUACGCUGAAGAAGAGCAUGAAGUACAACAUUGUUGGAAGCACAUCCGUAAUAGCGUUGGUGAAGUUCCUAUCCUUCAGUCUGAAGCCCGGAGGUUGACACAAAACCAAGAUGAUACCGAAGAAAACGAAGACGACGCUGCCGCUAAGCCAACAGGUCCAGUUAUUCUACCAGAUGGUACGUAUGCCACUGAGAACGCCUUUGAUGUUAAAACUUCCCACAAAUCGGUUACCGAUGAAGAACGCGACUCUAGACCUCCAAUCCGUCGUUUCAUUCUAAGUGGUGAUUUUUACACUGCCGCUAUCCUAGCGAAUACGAUUAUCAAAUUGGUUCUAAGAUUUGAAAAGGUCUCUAAAAACAAAACCGUCACCAAUGCUUUGAAGGCGGAAGCUUUAUUGAUUUUGGUUAGUAUUGUGAGAGUUGGUCAAAGUUCUUUAGUGGAGAAGAAAAUAGACGAAGAUUCCUUAGAAAGAGUCAUGACAUCUAUCUCCAUUCUAUUGGAUGAAGUUAAUCCUGAUGAAAAGGAAACCGAAGUUAAGCUUUUGGAAGUUGCAUUCUUGGACACUACUAAAUCUUCAUUCAAGAAGCAAAUUGAAAUUUCAAACAAGAACAAGCAUAAGAGAGCUCUAAAAGAUAGUAACAAGAACAUUGAGCCAAUUGAUAAACCAAUUUUCUUUAGACAAUUUGCUGGUGCGGACUCUACUAAUGUCCAGAAUGACAGUAUUGAAGAGGAUUUACAAUUAGCAAUGAAAGGUGAUGCAAUCCACGCUAGCAGUAGCUCCAGUAUUUCUAAGCUGAAGAAAAUCGUACCUUUAUGUGGGUUUUCAGAUCCAGUUUACGCUGAAGCUUGUAUCACAAAUAACCAGUUCGAUGUGGUAUUAGAUGUUCUUCUGGUCAAUCAAACUAAGGAGACUUUGAAAAACUUGCAUGUGCAGUUUGCAACCCUUGGUGAUUUGAAAAUUAUUGAUACACCUCAAAAGACUAAUGUCAUUCCUCAUGGCUUCCAUAAAUUUACCGUUACUGUCAAGGUUUCUUCUGCUGACACCGGUGUUAUUUUCGGUAAUAUUAUUUACGAUGGUGCACAUGGUGAAGAUGCUCGUUAUGUUAUCUUGAACGAUGUCCAUGUUGAUAUUAUGGAUUACAUUAAGCCAGCCAGUACCGAUGAUGAACAUUUCCGUACUAUGUGGAAUGCUUUUGAAUGGGAAAACAAGAUUUCAGUCAAAUCACAACUACCAACACUGCAUGCUUAUUUGAAAGAAUUGAUCACGGGAACAAACAUGGGUAUUUUAACACCAUCAGAGUCUUUAGGAGAAGAUGACUGUAGAUUCUUAAGUUGUAACUUGUAUGCAAAAUCAUCUUUCGGAGAAGAUGCCCUGGCCAACUUAUGUAUUGAAAAGGAUUCCAAGACCGAUGAAGUCAUAGGUUAUGUGCGUAUCCGUUCAAAGGGACAAGGUCUGGCUCUGUCAUUAGGUGAUAGAGUGGCAUUGAUUGCUAAAAAGACUAAUAAACUCAAUAUUACCCAUGUUUGA